CCUCCGUGGGCCGGGGGACGCGCGGGGGGGCCCGGGGGUGAGGGCGGCGCAGGAGGCCGCGCCCCGCGCUGUGUCCGCCGGCGGCCGCCGUAGCGGGGCGGGGCGGGGCCCGGAAGGAGACGUGUGUUUCGGGAGGAAGGCGGAAGCGAUGGCGGCGGCGGAGGCCGAGUGGGAGCCGGCGGGGCUGCUGUCGGGCCCGGGGACCAGCCUGGACUGGGAGGCCGUGCUGGGUGAGGAGCUGAGCGAGCUGCUGGGCGCCGCGGAGCCGCGGCGGGCCCCGAGGGACGAGCCCGACGAAAAUGAUCUCUAUAACUUUCAUUUUGAUUUGGAUUUGAUGUCUUGGGACUCAGACCUUUGGAAUAUUACGAGCCAUGCUUAUACAGAUUCAAGUGUGAAGACAGAACCCUUGUCACCAGCCGCUUCAAAUUGUUCGGUCCCUUCUCCGUCAUCUGUGGACUCUCCAGUGCAGAAUGUGCCUGAUGAUGUGGACUUCAGCUGUAGUUCCCAGAUGUCUCCCAUCUCUCUCUACAGCAAGAGUUGCAGAAGCCCUGCAUCCCCCGAAGGAGAUGGAGGGAAGAAGCCUGCUGUCAGCAUCACUCCUCGGUCUGCAAAUAAUUCUGCGAAGACCCUGAAGAGGUGUGGUCAGGCAGCGUCCAGGCCUUUGAUACAACCCAAACCGCUUUUGCCAGCUGUACCUGAGGCUCAGGCUAACAUUGGCAUACCAGCUAAAACCAUCAUUAUUCAGACUCUUCCCACACUUGUGCCACUGCCAAAGCAUCAGCCAGUUGUUAACAUCCAGCCAGCACCUCCUAAAGGUCAAUUGGUGGUGCUCCCCCAGCCCACUAUGGUACAGCUCCAGGCUUCUGGGGUGCUUCCUGCCUCCCAGCCAGUCAUUGCCGUCCCUGGAGGGACCACGCCACUUCACAGUCAUACAGUGAAUGCGUUGCCUGCAGCUGCUGCGAAUGGCUCAACAAGCGGCAAAAUACCAGCGACUAAGCCCCUGCUUCAAAGCACCACACCAGCAAUGGGGCUGGAUAUCAAUGUCUUGAGACGGCAGGAGCGCAUGAUCAAAAACCGGGAGUCAGCCUUCCAGUCACGUAAGAAAAAGAAAGAAUACAUGUUGGGACUAGAGACGAGGCUGAAGGCAGCCUUACUGGAGAAUGAGAAGCUCAAGAAAGAAAACAGCAUGCUGAAGAGGCAGCUGGAUGAAGUAGUAUUAGAGAACCAGAAGCUCAAAGUAUCAUCUCCAAAGAGAAGGACCCUGUGUGUGAUGGUGAUACUGGCUUUCAUAAUGUUGAAUUACGGUCCACUGAGUGUGUUUGAAAAGGAUCCCAAUGGAGUUGAUUCCACUGGAAGUUCCAGCCACCGGACCAGAAAUCUUCUGGAGUUCUCAGCUAGACAGGAAUCCAGCACAGCUCAGAAAAUACCUGGGGGCAUCAUUCCUGAGAACAGCAACAGGUAUGAUCAUUCUGUAUCUGAUAACAAAGCCCUGAUGAUAGUCUCAGAAGAACCACUGUUAUAUAUUUCACCCCCUCCACCCCCCUGUCAGCCUUUGAUCAACCGGACAGAGUCGCUGAGGCUGAAUCAUGAACUUCGAGGAUGGGUUCAUAGACAUGAAGUGGAACGAACAAGAUCUAGAAGGCUGUCAAAUAACCAACAGCAGAAGGCACGGGUUAUGCAGAGCUCCCUCAGUGAGAAGGCAGAUUCCCAGCUAAUGGCCAUGCCUUACACAGACACCCGCCUCAGCAGGAACUCAGGGAAUGAAUUGCAAGUGUAUUACGCCUCUCCAAGGAGCUAUCAAGAUUUUUUUGAAGCUAUUCGCAGAAGGGAAGAUACAUUCUACGUGGUGUCAUUUCGCAGAGACCACCUGUUAUUGCCAGCCACCACACAUAACAAGACCAGAAGACCAAAGAUGUCUAUAGUUUUGCCAGCUGUAAACAUCAAUGAGAAUGUUAUCAAUGGGCAGGACUAUGAGGUGAUGAUGCAGAUCGACUGUGAAGUGAUGGACACCAGGAUCCUCCACAUCAAAAGUUCUUCUGUGCCUCCGUACCUCCGAGAGCAGCGCAGAAACCACACCGACACCUUCUACAGCUCGUCUCCCUCCGUCCCAGAGACGCCCCAUGCCCUGAGAGCCAUUGUCAAAUCCCUGCAGUAGCUCCUGCGGCAUAGCGGCAUGGCCUGUGCACCCGGCGUGCAGCAGGUCCUGCUGCCGGGCUAAGCCUCUCUGCUAGCAGGUCCCUGGGGCUCCUGGCCCUUCGGCACAGCAAGGGCAGGCCCACUUAGCCCAUUCCUGCGCCUGACCCUAUCCGGUGGCCGCAUCCUGCCCAUGGAUUAUACAGCUCAGCUGGCCCCUUGCCAGGAACAGAGCCACGCAGCGUGCAGUGCCUGGUGACAGAGGUGCGGGUGAGGCAUGCUGCUGCAGUCUUGGGCUCUGCAUCAGCUGCAGGUGCCCAGGGCUGGCGUCGGGGGGCACGUGGGCCAUCCUUGAUACUUAUGCACUGUGUAAAAUUGUUGGGUUUGCUGGUUCUUUUGUUUUGUCCCUGUUAAACCACCUCUGGAGGUGGGGCGCUGAGCACUGGGGCCCUGGCCCAGAGACACCGCUGAAGGGCCCGUGCUCGGGAUGAGGCUCCCCUCCCCGCAGGGCGCUCGGGGCAGCAGGAGGAAGCGGUGUCCAGCUCCCAGCUGUGGGUGUGGGGACAGCCGCAGCCCUGCACCCCAGCCCCGGCCCUGUGCCCCAGGAGCAGGAGCAGGGGCAUCCCUUCUCUGCCAGAGUGGCUGUGCCGAGCCUGGCCAGGCAGCCCCGCAUGCCCACCCAGAUCCCUGCCCGAGCAGCCUCCCUCGCCGGGACGCCCCGGGCUGCUUCCCAGGGCUGCAGCAGUGCUGUGGGGCAGCCCAGCCCCAGCAGCCGGUGGGGUGGUGGGGAGCUGCGCUUACAGUCAGAACACUACAAGCGGAGCAGCCUGCGCUGCCACCGGGGCGGGGUACACAUCCCUCCCUCACCUGCCAGAGCCCUCCUGUGCCCGGUUGCUGCCGUCCCCAGCCCGUGCAGCAGCGUGGUGAGCUGGCAGGCAGCUGGGGCUUUGCCCAAGGGUGGUGAUGUACUGCAGUGUUUCUAAAGAUUGUACUUUCGUUCGGGUUUUUCGUUGGUGUCCCCCCCACCCUUCCCGUUUUGUUUGGGAUUUGGUGCUUUGUUGUUUUCGGGGGGCAGGGGAAGGGUGUAAUAUUUGAUGCUUUUUGCUGCUAACAGCCUACAGAGCAGUGCUGGCCCUGCUGGGGCAGAAGAGCUGCUUCAUUUCAGCGGGACGCAGCUACAGCACCUUCCUCCUGAAACCCAGCCCCAGAGACACGCACACACACCCCCCACGCCACCCCUCCUCUGCCCUGCCAGCACUGACAACCGCCCGUCACGCAGCAGGGGAGCAUGCCAUUUGUCCCCAAGCACUGAACUACUAGACAUGGCUCUUGCUGCAGUCGCCUGCUGCUGUUACAGAGCCCACUGCAGAGCUCUGUUUAAUGGUCCCAAUUUUGUCAGCCAAGCCCUGGGCCAGAGCUGGGCUGAGGGGUCCGGUGCACGGUGCACUGCGGUGCUCAGCUGGGAUGAGGCGCCAGCAGAGCAUCGGCCUUUUGUAAUGACUUCAGCAUGUUACUUUUUUUUCCCCCCUUUGCAUUUAGCACAGAUGACGGGCUUCAGUUUGACAGCCAGCUGCCUUUCCUUCAUUGUCUGAACCACUGACCGAUGUGGAUUUUUUAUUACUGUUGAUAAUUAUUAUUAUUUGUGUGUGGCACUGUUAGGAAAUAAAGGUUGCUCCUCCAGCAAGACAAACAGCUCAGCGGAGGUGAGGAGGAGAGUGAGGAGUAAUACACCCCUGUGAAGUAUGUGCCUUGCAACACUAUGGAAAAGCUUUGCCCUUUGCCACGUAGUCAGCGUGAGCUGCACAGGCCCCCGUCCCCUCGGCGCUCGCGCUGCUGGGAAGCAGCCGGGCUCGGCGAGGGGUUUGGCUGCGCUCCUUGCACCAGUUCCUUUUCCUGGCCCUCGGCCCCACCUGACCGUGGGCCAGCUCACACAAUAGGCAAAACCCAAAACCCCAGCGGUGCCCCAGCCGGAGGCGCGCAGCUCCGCCACAGCCCUGGGCAGAGGCUGCUCCGGGAGGGUGUUUGCCGCAGGGGAGCUGGGGUGGUGGGCGCACAGCCUGGCACGGUGCAAGGGGCUACUGUGGGGGGCCAGGGGCUUGGGGGCAACUGCGGCACUGCAUCCUCAGUCAGCACCCGUGGGCUCCAGGGGUGGAGAGCACCUCUCGUCCCGUGUAGCUCUGUUUGUGUCCCUAGCACUGAAGGCAAUAAAACGGUUCUUUUAUUUAUUAUUAUUUUGCUUGUUAAUACUGGCUUACUUAAGCAAAUGACUAGAAGGGCAGCGCUGUCUCCCACUGUCUCUUGGGCCGCAGCGCGGCUCUGCUCAGCACGGUGCUGGCACUGCCCAAGGUGUGUGCACCCAAACUCCGCUCCUGGGGAGGGGGCAUCUCACCCAGAGCCCAGGGAAGAGGAGGCGGUGAGGGGUCUCAGCGCAGCCCGAGGGUGACUGCAGGCACGAGAGAGCCAAGCCCUUCGCAGGGCUGGCCCCAGCCACGCCACCCUGCCCCAGGGCCAGGGCCCAGCAGCCUCCAGCCACCCCGAGGCCCCCUCCAGCACCGCCCCUUGGUGUGUCAAGCAGCACUCCCCCAACCGAAACCCACCCCAAAGCCCCUGUGUAUUCCUUCUGGGCGCCCAGAGGGUGAGCCAGACCCAAAGAAAGUCCCGAACAGCUGCAAAGGUACUUGAUGUUUUAUUACUGACAGCAGGUAAAUACAAGGUGCUGCCGGGCAGAGGGGUGGGGGCUGGGUCUCCGUGAGGGGCUCCCGAUGGCCAACAGCCAGGACCAGGGCGAGCACGGCAGCAAGAGGGCACGUGGGAGACGGAGUGGCAGUGGGAUGGGGAGCGAGGGCUCCCCUUGCCCCGAGGGGUCCCCCCAGCCCCCCAGCCCAGCGCCUGGCCGAGCAGAGCCUUCGCCCAGCAAAUGCCAAAAGGGGACUAUUUUGGGUUACAAAAUGAACAAAUAAAAGCCAUCUACACGUAUUUACAGUGUCCCCCUCCCACCGCCAGCUCGCUCCAGACGUGAGUCAGGGCUCAGAGUGCACCCGGCCCCCCCAGAGCGUUGCAAAGGGCAGAGCCCUGGCCGGAGGGGACAGUCCUCGGCAUAAGUGCCAGCACCAGGGGCUGUCAGAGCUGAGCUCACAGCCCCAUCGUACAGCAGGAUCUCCAAAGGGCCUGCUGGCAAGGUGGUCCCGAGAGAUGGGACUUUCCCACGGGACACACACAUCCUCCACCAGGACAGACAGGCACGGGCGUCCCGCUGGGACCCAGUGCCUGCAGCAGAAAGGCCAGCUUUGCACUAGUUCUGGGUCUCUUGCUGAUCAUCUUUAGCUAAAAAAAAAAAAACCCAC